UCGUGCGCGUGCGCGUGCGCUGCUGAGGCGAGCCAGAGAAGCAAGCCAGGUUGGCCAAGAUGGAGUCGCGGCCGGAGCUGCAAAGAGGAGCCUGAAGGAGACCAAGGGGAACGGGGUGUUGUUGUAACAACUGUCGGGGACCGUCUACCUCUCGGUGCCUCAUGGCUUGGUGAGGCGGAGAGGCAGAGGAGGAGGAGGAGGAGGUCCUCCCUCCCUCGGGGCCCUCCCCGCUCCUCCCGCCAGGAUGCUGCCCUCCCAGGAGGCCUCCAAGCUGUACCAUGACAACUACAUGCGGAACUCGCGAGCCAUCGGCGUGCUCUGGGCCAUCUUCACCAUCUGCUUCGCCAUCAUCAACGUGGUGGUCUUCAUCCAGCCCUACUGGAUCGGCGACAGCGUCAGCACGCCCAAGCCGGGCUACUUCGGCCUCUUCCACUACUGCGUGGGCAACGAGGGCAGCCUCAAGGAGUUCACGUGCCGCGGCUCCUUCGCCGACUUCCGCAGCAUCCCCUCGGGCGCCUUCAAGGCCGCCUCCUUCUUCGUGCUGCUCUCCAUGGUGCUGAUCCUGGGCUGCAUCACCUGCUUCGCCCUCUUCUUCUUCUGCAACACCGCCACGGUCUACAAGAUCUGCGCCUGGAUGCAGCUGCUGGCAGCUCUCUGCCUGGUGCUGGGCUGCAUGAUAUUCCCAGAUGGCUGGGACUCAGAGACCGUCAGGGACAUGUGUGGGGAGAAGACGGGAAAGUACUCACUGGGUGACUGCUCUGUGCGCUGGGCUUACAUCCUAGCCAUCAUUGGCAUCUUGAAUGCCCUCAUUCUCUCCUUCCUGGCCUUUGUCCUUGGCAAUCGACAGAACGACCUGCUUCAUGAAGAACUCAAAACAGAGAACAAAGAUUUUGUUGGCACUGCGAGGAUAUAAUGUAGAAGAGGCAGGAGGGCCCCAACACUCCUUGGUAUCUGGACUGGACUCCUCCCUCCAUCCCUGCCCAUCUCCCUCACUGCCUUUCCUUUGCUGCUGCCAACUUGGGGGGAGGGAAACACAAAAGACGAAACCAUCCAACUCAGAAGCCUCUGAAUUUUCUGACCUCCUCACCUACGAAUGAGCGCCUCCUCCAGAGACUCAUCCAUCCCUCCUGAUUCGCCAGCUUCGGCUCAUGCCCCCCGCCCCUUCCCCUCUGCUGAUCGGCCGCUGGAUGGAAGUUUGACACAGAGAUCAUGCCACCCUACCCUGAACCUGAUCACUUUGGGGGAAAGGAAGAGUGAACACCAACUGUUGUGUUUCAAAGCAAUGAUGCCCCCUGGGAUUUUUAAAGACGAAUCUUCUCAACAGGUUCCAGCCCCCCUUCCCUUUUCCCCACCCCGCAGUGCCCCCCUCACUCCCCAAAAUCAAGAGUUGGUGCCAAGAUGCUACUGUUGCAAUAGACUCCACCAGGGCCACCUCUUUGCCUCAUCUCUCCUCCUCCCACCCCCCAUUUUUAACCUUUCAGCAACUUUGCUCACCUGUACGUACGGCCUUCUGGGGCCGCCCAGCACCUAAGACUGGUCCAUUUGAUAUACUUUUGUGUGUAAAUUAAAUCGUCUCUGAACAGGGUAACGGUGAGCAGCGAAUCCCCUUCUCUUUGGGGAUUUCAGCCACCAGAACUUUGCAUUCUCCACUCAUUCUGCCCAGGUAAUGCAGCUGUGCAUUCAAGCAUACAGGGGGGAAAGUGGAGGGAUUGAAAGAUUGGUCGCCUGGUUUGGGCUCUGCUCUCUCUAGGGAGCUCCAGCAUCUCAACUUGGGUGGGGAGACUCUUCUAACACUGAAUGUAACCCUUGGCCAGGCCCCACUUGAUUGUGAGAACAUGGGGAGGAAAGAGGUAAAGGGUAGGAGCAAGACUCUCCUCUUAGCUGUGGACAGGAAUGACAACUUGCUAGGUUGUGGUCACAGGUUGGUUCUGAGGCAUAUGCCUCACUCCACCUACUUCAACCACAUGGUGCUCUGUCUCCUGAGUGGAAGCAACCAGGCAACAUGGAGUUGAGAUAGGAAAAUUGGGCAUAUUAGGUGCUUUCGCUUCCACGCCUUGGGAAGUGGGAGGAAGUGGUCCUAAUACCCUCCCCAUCCUGCGAAAGUGGGUUUCCACCAUAUCCCAUGUUGUGGACUAAUGUACAGGAGGAGUAAACAUCAUCCCAUUCAGUCUCAGAAAAACAGUACAUAGAUGUCCUGCCCCAGAUGUCUGCUCCUCCAGACAGCCAUGUCCCAACAAAGCCUAACCCCUAUCCACAUUUUAGGUGAAUGUUGAAAUAGAUCCCCAAGUGCAACCCUUGGACUCUGAUCAGGUAGAUCUCAAAACAUGUGCAGGGAGGGUUUCCCUACCAAGGUGAGGCCAAACAUAGACUAAUGUUGCAGAGUAUUUCAGCCUGUGGGAUGGCCCUUUCCUGGGUCAUACUGCCUCCCAGCUUCCUCCCCACAGUAGCAAUUGGCAUUACAUGGCUGUGACACAAGGAACAGCUGCCUUGGCAACAAUCCCCAGGAACACUUUUUUCUCAGAGCCAAAAACACUAAAGGCAUAGAAGAGGUAGAGAAAGAGAAGGAGGGGGAAAAAGAGAAGGUCAGGUAACCAAAGGAGAGGUCAGGACAUAAUGCAAACACGGCUUAAGCUUAUUCUGAAGGAAGAAAACCUGAAUCCAAAUGGUAGUAAAACUGUAAUCUGAAUUGACCAUUUGCCAACCUUUUUAAGAGAAAUCUUAAAUUGCCUGCCUAAAGUGAACUACUUAACCCUUGUCAAGUAGUGGGACUUUUGGUGAAUGGUGUAAAUUAUCAGACACAAAAGAGAGCCUGAAGCAGUGCUUCUUAAGCUAUCCAAUACUGCAGACUGGCAGGAGACAAGCAUCAUAUUUGUGCCCAUCGGCUACAGUUGGAAACUGGAAAAUUGUUGCAGGCUGGCAACAAUGGCUCGCUGACUGGCACUAGCCCGCAGACCCCGCUUUUGACCCAGCGCUCAGGUCUGAUUUUGUGUUGCCCGGAGGCCUAAGAAGUCCACACACAUGACCCAAAGUCCCCACCCCAAUAUACACUUUAAAAGAAAUUGUUACUGGAAGCCUCCAGGAAACACACAUUUCCCCUUAAAAUGCUAUCUGCACUUUAGUUAUUUUUGCAUCUAAAUACAUUUGUUUACAUAACUGGAGGUGGACCAACAUCCAUUUCAGUUUACAGAGUGCAUAACCUACAACAAGUCAAGGUCUCACGAAGAGAGACCUGAACCGUGCUAGAAACUAACACUUCAAGCAAAGGAAAUCUGCAUAAAACCCUAAUGUAGCAUUAAGGUCCAGGGACCUAUAUUUGAAGUGACAGCAGGAGAGCAGUGUUGGAGUCAUAAGCUGUUUAAUAGCUGCUGGGAAGAUGGGAGGGAGACGGUGCUAGAGACUCUGGUGCUAGGAGAGCAUUUCCCAGAUGAAUCCCCAACUCCUCAAGCUACUGUUUGAUGCUGAGAUAAAUAUGUUUCCCCUCGCCAGAAUAAACAGCUGCUUCAGAGGGUAUUUUCCAGCCAGUAAAAGAAGGGAAGAGUUAACACCACUCCCCAGACACCUUGGUCCUUUAUUGGAUUUCCACACUCUGUUCUUUUUAAACUGUGGAAAGAUUAGCAAUUAGGAAACUAUCUUGUUUGUCCUCAUGGGAAAGAGCCAGCAUGGAUUUGGGAUGGAUGCUUCAUCGGUGUAUUUGCACAACAGCAACGGUAUUUUGGUCAAGUCACAAGGUUUGCUAACCCAGGAGCUCUUUGACCCUUCACAAUUAGAGCAGUGUAUGAUCCCACUUUGAGACAAGUUUAAGGCUUGUCUUAAUACAUCUGAAUGCACUGACAACUGGCUGCCAAGGGCUGAGAUGCCACCCGGAAGAGCCCAAGGCAUUUGCUCUUUCCCCGACGUCCUAAAGCACAUCCAGAGCCAAAUUACAUGAACUGAGGAAUGUAAGCAACCAAGGCUGGGCGGAGGGGAUGUCUGUGAACUGAGCUGCUCCAAUUCCCAUUCACUAAAGCUAUUGUCAGUGGUACCUCCAGGGCAAGAUUUUGGGGCACAAAUCUCGGACCUACUCAUAGGAGAGACCCAGAUGGAGUAGGACUGUCUUGGCACAGUUUGAAACAAUCAGCACUAGAUACAGUCCCCACUAAGACCAUUACAUCCAGAAUCAAAAAUUGCCACAGGCCUUACUCUCUGACAUGCAUGCUUGGGCUGGAAGUCAAUGGGACUCACAUUAGAUUAAAUCGCAAGGCUGUCCCAAAGCAUCAGGGAAUCAUUGCUACAUGGGCAGGGAGAGAGGGACAAACCUGGCCUGCCUUGUAGACCCAGUUGUGUCCAUCCGUACACACGACCUCUUUAUAAUCCACACAUCUUGCUUUGGUUCCAGUCAUUCCAAGGAGGUCCAAAACACCUUGGGAAAGGACCAAGCCGCUCGGGAAGGAGGGAGGAGCAUACAGAGGGCAACUCCACAAGCAACCAGGGCUCCCUGGCAUCCUGUGUGUAAGAUUACUCCAUUGCUGGAGGCAAAGGAGGUGGGCGGCAGGGAGGGCGAGGGCAAGAUGCAAACAUGUAACGUGUUGGAGAAAUGGGAUUGCUGACUGACUGACAAUGGCAAGGCUGGUGGAGGAAGGAAUACAGUAGCUGUAAUAUAUAUCUGUAUUUUAGUACAAAAACAAAGUUUGAUACAGUGUUUCACAAAACCUUAACCGGAAAACAUAAAAUUCAAGAUGGAUUGGACUGGA